AUUAUAUUUCAUCUUGGGAGUUAGUUUGUUAGAUAUGUAUUGAGCUGUUAUAACUUAGUGUACGUUUUGAGUUUAUCUCACUCGAAAGAGUUUUUGUGAGAUGGUUGUUAAAUGGUGUAAAUGUGGUGAAGAAGAGUCAUGGAAAACAUUGAUUGUGCGGAUGGAAUUGGUAGUUGUUCCUCUGAUGGACGUGGUGAACAAUCAUGUGAUUUUGGUUGUAGUGAAUUUAAACAAAAAGUUUGUUACAAUAUGGGAUAGUAAGGACGAUUUGAAGCUACAUUUGCAUAAGCAGGAAUUAGUGCUUGAACUGUUAGAAGUGCUUGAUGAUUUGUUUUUGGUGGAAGUUUGGAACUGCUUUGGCGUUGGAUGGAAAUUUUCAAAUUCGAUGAUAAUUCCUGGUCCAAGUUUACCUCAGCAGACUGCAGUUAGUGAUUGCGGUGUAUUUGUGAUAAAGUACAUGAAAAUCCUUUCUGAAGGGAGGAACAUGUGUGCAGAGUUUGACCCACUUUCCGAGCGACUAGCAGUUUCACUGGAGUUGGUGGCUGGAGAUAAUAAUCUUGUUAAAUUUACUGUUUCUAAAGAUGCUACUGAACACCAUCAACAUCAACUAAGACAAGGAGACAUUAGUAGUAAAAGACAGCGGUGUCGUUCUCCAGAGAAAUUGUUGCCUUUAUCCAAAUUUUCUAGUAAGAAAAAACGAAGGAGAUAUUGGCAAAGGUUUGCUUCAUACAAGAAAACAAGAAAAUGAGUGAAAGGGUACUGACUAUGUAACUAAUAAGUUUAUAUAAUGGUAAAUGUACUUUCAAUUUAUAUGAGUCCCAAGUAAACGUUGGAGAAGUCUAUUUGUUUUUCUUAAUAUUUAACUGUGGGCCUUUUUGUUUUAAUGUUGGAAAUGUUGAUAGGUAGUCCAUUGUAUAGUAUGAGGCUUCUAUUUAGUUUAUAAAUUUGGCAAAGUGGUGUGAAACUUAUGUAAAAUCGUUUUGUUGCCUCAUUGAAAUAGUUGAAUAAGGAGUCCUUUUAGACUAUAUCGAUUGGAAAACUAAGCUCAUUUAUGUUUUUUGUUCAAAUCUUUGUUGGUGCUAUUCUUGCUUUCUUGCCAUGUUGUAAAUUACUGCUGUAGUGUUUUUGUCUACUGCUUCGGAAAGGCUGGUUGGCGUUUGCUCUUAACUCUUUUUCAUGUACUGAUAAAUUUAACAAUAUUUAUUACAGAAAAAUAUGAAAAGCAGUAUAGACUAACUCAUAUAUCGCAUUAUAAGUGUAAAUGUAAAUUAUUAUGGCUGAAAGCAAAAUGAAGAUAAUUUAUACUGUCUUGAUAAUAACAUGGGGCUCAAAAUUAGAAAUCAGUCUGAAUAAAGAGAACAUACUCUUUUUAGCUGAUUACAUAGGAAACAUACUUAGGAAGGUUUAGAUUGUUAACACUAAAUAUUUAGCCAUAUUGGUAAAUCACCAGUUAUGAGUAGAUGAACAACAAGUACUUCAGACACUGCCUAGUGUGAACUCAGAAUCCUUGGGAGCAGAGGGGAGAAGUUGUGCAAUACGGAGGUCAAUGUAGUUGCUGUAGCUGUUGAUACACUCCUCCUUCAUCACUCCUAACCCGUGUUGGAAACGUUCAAACAAAGUUUGACAUUCCUCCUCUUUCUCUUUUAAUUUACGAACGAAAACUUCCCUUAUAUCCUGAAGCUCUCUUAUGACUUUCUCACAGUCUUGGUUACGCUUGCGAAGACGCUCUAUUUCAGCAUCCCUUUGGCUUCUUUCGAAUGCAAGUUGGUUGAUCUCAUAAUCUUGCUCGUCAAGCUCGCCUAACAACCUGUUGAUUAAUUUUACAGGGUCAUCAGGGGCUACUCGGAGACGUGGUCGGCACAAACCUUCAAGCUCCUCGAUACGUGGUGGUGAAUAAUCAGGACCCAUGGUUGGAAGUUCCAUAUUACAUGAAUCUAUGGAGUUGGACCAGUCAGACAUAGAGAUGGUCGAUGUUGUAACUGGGAAUCAAAUGUAGGUAUAGUGUUAGUGAUGAGUCCACUUGUUAUCAGCCAGCCCAAUAAAUACUUAUAUAAGAGCUGACUUGUAGUUUUGUUUUGGUUGAAUAAGUUUACUAAUAGUUCGAAGGGCCUACUUGGAAUUAAAAGAAAGUUUUUGCUGAAAAAUGUUAGCUGAUAUUAUGGGAUUUUAUUGGAUAUUGUUGACCAUAGAACUGCAUAGGUGUAGUACUCACACGCUAGCCUCAAUGUAGAAGCUUUCUAGUGAAGCUUCAAAUUUCCAUUUCUCUAAUCCUGUUUACUCACACACAAUUACGUAUUACCAAUAAAUUUAAGGGGUUUUUUUUUUUUUAUUUUUACACUUCAAAAUAAUUUUUUUUUUUUUUCAAUUUUAUGGAAUUAUACAUAAAAAUUCAUAUUGCAACUAGCGUUGUAAAUUAAAUCGCAACAUCGUAUAGCAACCUACGUACAAACUAGACCAAAGAAGCUACUUUACAAACCCAAACUGUAAAUUUAAAAAAUAAUAUAUGGAGUAAUUCUCCUAAAUUUAAUAAAAUUUAGGGAUGAAUAAAAAAUGAAAACUAUAAUGGAAACUAAUAGAGAAACUCUUCAAAAUAGACUCUAAAACAACACACCGAUGGUGAAUUUGGUGUCUUCCAAGUGUGUUUUUGUAAAACAAUUACUGAAUAUUUAAUAUCUUUCAUACGUGUUGUUUAUCACAAUAAAUUUACUAAUUAAAUUUUUUACAAUUUUUUCAGUAUAAAAGCAUGUACGGGUCGAUCCCAUAAGUACUAUGAUUAAUUUUAUUAUUCAAUAUAAAACAAAAAGUGUAAUGGGGAUUUUGAGUUUGCAAUUAAAUAGAAAAUAAAUAAUAAAUGACAAUUAUUGUGGACAAUGUCCCACAUGGAAUAAAUGGUAGAGAAUUGAGUCAUAUAUAAGAACAUGGGCUACUCCACUCAUUGCCAAUUGGUUUUGAGAUGGAACCCCAUGAUUCUCAACAUGGUAUCAGAGCCAUAUCCCUUGCGGGCAAGUGAUCAUAUCUGAUCCGCACCUAUACAGAUAGUGACCAUGUCCACUCUGAUACGGUUCAAGAUUGAUGAGCAAAAAAUAGCCAUCAUCUUGAGGGGGAAUAUUGUGGACAAUGUCCCACAUGGAAUAAAUGGUAGAGAAUUGAGCCAUAUAUAAGAACAUGGGCUACUCCACUCAUUGCCAAUUGGUUUUGAGAUGGAACCCC